AUGCAUGUCUCAUUAGCUUUCGAUUACACCCAUCCCCACCAGUCAGUCUUUUUCAAAUGUCACAUAUCUUCAUCACUGGUCACUUCUAUUGCUGCAAUUUCCGAUUCGAACUCGGUGGUGAAAGUCGAGGACUCCCCCACCCCGUCUGCAUUGGCAUCCGCUGAUGCAGAUACGCCCGCGCCUGAUGCUGGAGGCGCGGCCACGGCGGUUGCGGGCCGGAAACGCAAGCUGAACAGCAAUUCCGCCCGGGGUGUCGCCAAUCUUACCCCGGAACAACUAGCUAAGAAGCGAGCCAAUGAUCGCCAGGCCCAGCGCGCAAUUCGCGAGCGCACGAAGGCUCAUAUCGACUUGCUCGAACAGCAAGUCCGCGAUCUUUCAUCGCAGAAACCGUACUUGGAUCUUCAGGCUGCGCUGAAGCAGAAUGAAGCCGUUCAAGUGGAGAACAGAGAACUUAAGCAGGGGUUGAAAGCAGUCCUGGAGAUCAUACAACCCCUGUUAGGAGACCAGGCAAAGCCCGCAUUCCGGCAGAUAUACUUACCUCAGACAUGUUCUAGAUCUUUUAGCGUCGGCAGCCGCUUCCACGAGCGCCAAACCCAUGCCCUCGAUAUCCGUGACCCUGCGGGCACGCAGGCCCCUCCCUCCUCCACACCCCUCACAUUCUCGCCCACUGCAGGUCGGCGGAAUUUAACGGCCGCUGGUCCGGCUUCGUUUCGCAUUGCGUUUGAUUACCAGCGACAUAAUUUAGCCCAUGGCCUCGACUUCGGCGGCACGGAUGAGCGGAUGGGAUUCAAUUUCUUGCUCGAUACGUCGCAACAGGUGCCCAAGGUGGAUGGAUUUCGUCGUUGCUCCGAGGCACCCAGACCAGCCCCUGCGAGCACAGCCUCGACUUAUCCAGCACCUCUACCUGCAGGCGCGACGACGGAGCAACCGCUGUCCCUGCCUGCGCACUUGACUCCAAUCCGGAACAUCGCGCCGACCUGCACACUAGACGCUAUCCUCAUGGAUUUCUUGCAUCAUCGCCAGCAAGAGGCAGCAAAGGGUGUACCGAAACAGAAUCUUGUUGGCCCGUCGUAUCCUAGCGUAUCGUCCUUGCUUAAUCCAGAAAAGAGUGUGUACUCACAUCCUUUGUCGAAAGUGUUCACCGACAUUCUGCGCACAUUCCCGGAUAUCGCAACAUUGCCGGAGCAAGUCUGUGUUCUUCUCUUGAUGUUCCUCUUAAUGCGAUGGCAAAUAUAUCCAACUCCAGAGAAUUACGAGCGAUUGCCUGAAUGGCUGACCCCCCGUCCAUCGCAGUUGCUCACUCCGCAUCCGGCAUGGAUUGACUAUUUGCCUUGGCCGCGCAUGCGAGAUCGCUUGGUCAUGACGUAUCGAGACUAUCCGUUCGAGAACUGGUUCAUACCCUUCACACGGACUCUGUCGGUCAACUGGCCAUAUGAAGCAACCGAUUGUCUGCUGUCUACUGGUGAUGGUGACGAUUUGAUUAUCAAUCCUGUCUUUGAAAGACAUUUCCGAAACCUUAGCAAUUGGUCCCUCGGCCCGGCGUUUGCGGAGGCAUACCCUUCGCUGGUAGAUACAACCAAGAUCAAAUAA